AUGACCAUCUCCGUGCCUGUAGGAGGCAAUUCGUUCCCAGAGGUGAGGUCCAAGUCCAUCCUGUCAUCGCUUAUCCCCUCUGAUUCUGAUGUCGCUAUGGAAGAUAUAGGAGGGAGUUCAUCCGAUGAGUCCAAACCAGCAUCAGGACUUUUCCACCUUUUCCUUACUCCUUGGCAAAAAACAGACCGAGAUGGUCACUACUUGCCUCCAGACACGCCACCUCCUAUGGACCCACCUAUUGUGAAUGUCUGGGCACCUUUCAACAGAGAGGUCCAAUUCCAUCUGGCCGAUUUUCUUUUUCGCAAAGUUGAGAUGUCACAGUCAGACAUCAAUGAGCUUCUGGAUUUGUGGUCUCUGGAUAUGCACCGGCAUGGAGAUGAUGCACCAUUUGAUAGCCACCAGGCUCUCUACCAGGCGAUUGACGAGAUACGUGUAGGAAGUGCCCCUUGGAAAUGUUUUGAGAUGGUUGUUCCGGAAAAUCUGGGCCGAGAUGCACCUGAAUGGCAGAAGAGGUCCUAUCAAAUCUGGUUUCAAGACCCGGAUGUUGUCAUCAGCAAUAUCCUCGCUAAUCGUGACUUCAAGAAGGAAUUUGAUACCACACCCUAUGUUGAUGUCGAUGUGCAUGGUCAGCAUAGAUGGAGUGAUUUUAUGUCGGGCAAUUACGCCUGGCACCAUGCGACCCAGAUUUACGAAGCAAACAGUGGUACCGAAGGUGCUAUGUAUGUAAGCGUGAUCCUCGGCAGGCACCAUAAUGGUGUUGUACCCAUAGCCUUUCUCGCCAUCCCUAAAUCGGAUCGAAAAUAUGACCGCGAUGUUGCAUUCAGACUCUUCAAGAAGAAGCUGUACCAUGAAUCUCUAACAGCUAUUCUUUCCUCUCUCAUUCCUGCAAUGACAACCCCGGUGGUACGACGAUGUCUCGACAGUCACUAUCGCUGCGUGAUCUAUGACCUGGGACCAUAUAUUGCUGAUUAUCCUGAGCAAGUCCUCUUGGCAGGAAUUGUCCAAGGCUGGUGUGUGAAAUGCACAUCACCAGCUGCCAAUCUGGAUGCUCUGGGAGAUCUCCUCUUGGAAGCCUUUGCCAAUGACGGGGACAUACUUUGGGAUAAUUACGGUAUCAAUGAGGAUAUCUUGCCAUUUACCUUUAAUUUCCCACAUGCGGACAUCCACGAGAUGAUCUCGUCAGAUUUGUUGCACCAGAUUAUAAAGGGUUCAUUCAAAGAUCAUCUAGUUGAAUGGGUGCAUGAAUUUCCCCAGGGGCGACGCUUUAAGCAAUGGACUGGUGACAACUCCAAAGCUCUUAUGAAGGUGUACCUUGCUGCUGUUGCCGAGUAUCUUCCAGAAGCAAUCAUGAAGGCUCUUUCCGCCUUCAUGGACUUUUGCUAUCUAGUUCGGCGCUCUGACUUCGAUGAAAGCACUCUAAUCCAGGUCAGAGAGACAAUCCAGCGCUUCCAUCACUUCUGUGAGGCCUUCAAACUCUCGGGUGUGUGCGAUGACUUCUCCCAUCCUCGCCAACAUGCCAUUGUCCAUUAUCCCAGUCAUAUUAUGGAAUUUGGUGCCCCAAAUGGACUUUGUUCAUCUAUCACAGAAUCUCGGCAUAUCACAGCUGUCAAGAAGCCCUGGCGAAGAUCCAAUCACUAUAACGCACUGAGCCAAAUGCUACUGACUAACCAGCACCUUGACAAGCUGGCUGCUCUUCGAACCGAUCUGACUCAAUGCGGUUUAGUUGAGCCAUUACGGGCUCCACCCGCAGAUCCUUUUGACAUUGGAAUGGAAGAUGAGGGUGCCGUGGAUGGGGAGAGGACCAUGGGAGAGGUUACACUGGCAAAAACGCCAGAGCAUGGAUAUCCCAGAGACAUCGCUGAUCUGGGUCAGUAUAUUGGGCAUCCCGACCUUCCAGCGCUUACCCAAAUGUUUCUACGUGAGCAGUUAAAUCUGGGAAGACCCGACAAUCACAAUUACAGUGAUGACACUGGUUAUCCUAUCAUUGAUGGUCCUGUCCGGGUUUUUCACUCUGCCACAGCGACAUUCUAUUCACCAAGUGAUAUAUCUGGUGUACGGGGUAUGCGCCGUGAACGCAUAUGUGCAACCCCAUCCUGGCAUGGUUAUGCCUGGUACGACUGUGCACUGGCUGUCAUUGAUCAAGAAAAAUCAGGAUUCCAUGGAAUGAAUGCGGUGCGAGUGCUGCUAUUCUUCUCAUUUCGGCAUGAUGGCAAAGAGUUUCCAUGUGCCCUGGUGCACUGGUUUAACACUUACGGGCGCCUACCAGAUCCCAAGACUGGGAUGUGGAUUGUUCGGCCUCACUUUCGUGGCACUGCCAGGCGCACUCCUGUUCUUAGUGUGAUUCAUGUAGAUACUCUCCUUCGAGGUACUCAUCUUCUUCCCAUCUUCGGCAGUCAAGCAUUGCCACAUAAAUUCCAUUAUUCCUGUUCGUUGGACUGCUUUCAAGCCUUUUAUGUUAACUGUUAUGCAGACCAUCAUAUGCAUGAAAUCGUUUUUUAA